AUGACACGAAUCAUGCGUUCGUUGCACGUGACGCCAUGCAUGUGCGAGACGUGCGGUUCAAAGCACAAUUCGAUAAACGAGCCUCGAGCAAAAGAAGACGUCUCGAAUGUGCUGUCAGCGAUUUUCCCCGGAGCUACACCGCAACAACUCUCCGGUCUGGCUGAUUUGACCAAGUUGAAUCGCACACCUGUACCAGCGCCACAACGGAUGGGAUCCGGAUACGCUGGCCAUCCAGGUGGUGGAAAGGUUCCCAUGCCAGUGCCUCCAGAUAGGAGAGCUGUAGCCGAGUAUGCCCGUGCUUAUGGCGGAGCGGCAGCAGCUAAGCGAUUUGGUAUUGCACCACCCGUUUCCACAUACUAUCAGCGAAAGGAUAGCAAUAGCACCUUGCUAGGAACUGGGGUUAAUGCCUCACCUGGCCCAUCGUCAGAGGGUGAAGCUGACGCAAUGGGUCAAGGGAUGUCGGACACUGCCGUUGCUCCCGCGGUCACUACUCCCUCCCAGCUGAAUCCAUCCAUACCAAAUAUCAGCAACCCUAUUGCUGCGCUUCAACAGCAGCCGACUACCCUCGGUGCUUUGCCGACUUCACAGCCUCACACGGCAUCAGUUUCGGCACCGGCUACAGCCCAACCUGCAGCCCAGGGGAUGUUUUCCCCGGCUAUGGUUGAUAUGCUGCGAAUGAAUGCCGCUCAUGCAACAGGAUCUCCGGGUUUCUUACGAGGGCGAGGGCGAGGUCGUCCAAAACUGAUUGGUGAUGAGCUGGAUGCGGAUUUGGUGGACUACAUGGUCACAGUGAAGCAGGCUGAUCCUCAUGGCCAUCUCACAGCUUCUCAAGCUCUUAUCAUCGCCAAGCAGUAUAUUCUCGAGAAGGCUCCGGGCUUGUUAGAGGAACAUGGCGGACAUGUGAAGCUGAAGCUGACGUGGGCGAUGAAGUUGGUGUCGAGAAUUGCUGAGAGGCAAAAGGAAAUCGAACUAGGACUGCCAGCGGGUAGCCUGUCAAACAUGGGACGGCAUCAGCUGAACAGCCUGAACAACUCGUUGACCGGAGGCGGAUUCAUGGCCGAUAUGAUGACGCAAAACAUCCUCAGUCAUCAUAUGAUGAUGAAUAUGAACUCGCAAAUCAAGCAGGAAGUCCAACCGGGUUCUGAAGAACCGAAAGAGGAGAUGCAGCCAACUGUUGGUGCACCGGAGAUCCUGAACAUCAAGGAGUUGAAUCUGCCUUUCCUGAAUAACUUGUUCGGCUGUUCCGAUGAGAACUCAGGUGUAAUUGAGGGUGAACUGCCUGCGUCAGCGGCACCUUCAGAACACGAUCAGGAAAUGAACCUCGGUAACGUCGGAAACUAA